UGCACAGCACCACAAGGACCGAGCAGUCAGUCCUUGAGCACAACUGUUGCGGCAGCAGCGGCGGUGGCAGCAGUGGUGCUGACAUUGGGACAGCAGUGUCAGGACAGCGGUGGCAGCAAGAGCUGCAGGACUGGCAGAGGGCAAGGCACCAUGGCCCUUGCUCUGCGCCUCUUCCUCCCGCUCCUCCUGGCCGUGGCCCUGCCUGCCAGGGCUGCCCAGGCUGCUCCGCUGCAAGUGCAGGGAGCAGAUGAGCAUGCUAGGAAGGCUUCUCCAGCAGCUUGGCUCCAUGCAGAUUUCCAGCCUCUUAAGCCUCCUGCAGGUGUGUCUGCAGGGAAGACUUUUCAGGCUCCUUUCCGGGUUGCUGCACACAAGCCAAGCUCCCAUCGCAGGGAGAUGGACAGAGAGGCUGUGCUGAAGGCUGAGUUUCCCGGAGGAAGCAGUGGCUCAUUGGCAGCCUCUGCUGCAGGAAGGGAGGCGAUGCCAGGCACAGUCACUGGAGAUGAGCAUGCUAGGAAGGCUUCUCCAGCAGCUUGGCUCCAUGCAGAUUUCCAGCCUCUUAAGCCUCCUGCAGGUGUGUCUGCAGGGAAGACUUUUCAGGCUCCUUUCCGGGUUGCUGCACACAAGCCAAGCUCCCAUCGCAGGGGUCCUCCGAGAGGGAAGAACAAACCUACAGGAGACAGUAAGUCCCUGGAGGCAUCCAAACACAUGGAGAAGACAUUGAGGGAUGUGGAGAGACGCCGUGAUGCAGCCGGCACCUCAACACAUGCUGGCAAGACCUGGAAAAGCAUGAGAAGAGUUUUCUGCUGGGGAACACCUUUUUUGGUUAAGUUGAUGGCCAUUGUGGUUGGCGCAGCACUUUGCCUGAUGAUAUGCUCUGCUGGAGUCUGGUAUUCCUGGAAGAGAAAAUGGUGCUCCUGCCCAUCUUCAGAAGACAAGCCUAACAACUCCGGCAAAGAGAACUUGACCCGUCUUCCCAGCUCUUCACUUCUGUCCCCAUCUGCCCUGCCGCAGCUGCAGCACCCUCUUGAGCCCUUCCCCAAACUCACCCCUCCACAACGAGACCCUCCACCCCUGAGCCCCCUGGUCCUGUUCCCCAACUACGACUAAAGGUGGGCAGGCCUCGUCUGCCAGGGCAGGGCUUGGCCCACAUUUUAUGUUCAA